AUGCAAUCUUCUGCCGACGAGGACGAGACCGACCCGUUCGAACUGCACUUUGCGAAUCCGGAUGAGGACGAGCUGAGCAACAAAAUCAAAGCUGCCCAGGAGAACAGUUGGACGCCUCAGAAGCUGUCACCAAGCGCAGACUACAAAAUGACCGGCCAGUACCCAGGAAACUUCACUCCAAGGCAUGUCCCAGGAGUGGAAGGGCUCGUUGACAAGGGAUUCAAUAUAAAACCGCGGCUUUCAGAAGCGAGUCGAAAGCUUCUCAAGAAGGCUACGGCUCUGGAACAAGCACUUUUUCCCAUCAUCUUCGAUAACCAAGACCUCCUUUUCGGAGCUCGCACACCCUCAAACGCAGAUCGACUGCGAAAUUUGGUCUCUCUUCAUGCCCUCAAUCACCUGUACAAAACCCGUGACCGCAUCAUUAAAAACAACACCAAACUCGCCCGCGAUAAAACAGGCAGCCUCGAACUCCGCGAUCAAGGUUUUACUCGUCCUAAAGUUCUCAUCUUGACCGCCACACGGUCUGCUUGCUACAAGAUUGUGCAAGCCAUGCUCGCCAUUGCCUCUCCAGAGCAACAAGAAAACAAGAAACGCUUCGAAGACGCCUUCAUCCUCGACAACCCCAUCCCGUCCGACCGCCCAGCGGACUACAUCGACCUCUUCGCCGGCAACAAUGACGACGAGUUCCGCGUCGGCAUGAAAUUCACGCGCAAAACGGUCAAAUUCUUCUCCAAAUUCGCAAACUCAGACAUCAUCCUCGCCUCCCCACUCGGACUCCGCCGCUCGCUCACCACGACAGACAAAAAGGGCAGCCCGCCAAACACCGACUUCCUCAGCUCCAUCGAGAUCUGCAUCGUCGACCAGGCCGACGCCCUCCUCAUGCAGAACUGGGACCACCUCACCCACAUCUUCACCCACCUCAACGCCCUUCCGCGCAACCCGGCCGGCACGGACUUCAGCCGCGUCCGCAACUGGUGCCUCAACGCCCACUCCCCCUUCCUCCGCCAGACCAUCCUCCUCGCCGCCUACCUCACCCCCGACCUCAACGCCCUCUUCACCGCCCACAUGCGCAACAUCGCCGGCCGCGUCAAAAUCUGCCCGGCCAACUACCCAGGCCACCUCGCCGUGCCCAUGCCCAUCAAGCAAACCUUCAACCGCAUCGCCGCGCCCUCUCCCCUCGCCGCCCCCGACACCCGCUUCGCACACUUCUGCACCGCCAUCGUGCCCGCCCUAGCAGCACGCAGCAAGCGCGCCUCCGCCAACAGCAGCACCACCGCCGCCGGCACCCUCGUCUGCGUACCCAGCUACUACGACUUUGUGCGCCUGCGCAACUUCUUCGCCACCUCCACCGCCGCGCAAAACAUCUCCUUUGGCGCCAUCUCGGAGUACUCGUCCCCGACACAGGUGCGACAGGCGCGCUCGCAUUUCGGCACAGGCCGGUUCUCCGUGCUGCUGUACUCUGGGCGCGCGCACCACUUUCAGCGGUAUCGCAUCCGGGGCGUCCGGUCGGUGGUGUGGUAUGGGGUGCCGGAUAAUGCGGUGUUUUAUGGCGAGGGGCUGGAGAUGGUGCUGGCGAGUGUGGAGAAGGGGGUUGUGGGGGUCGGGGAGGCGCGGGUGCGGAUGCUGUUUACGAGGUGGGAUGGGCUGGGGCUGGAGAGGGUUGUGGGGAGUGAGCGGGUGAGGGGGAUGGUUGGGGAGGCGAUGGGGGAUGUUUUUGAGUUUGUGUAG